GCACCUCAAACGUCAGUUGACUCCAUCUUUCAGAAAAAGGUGGCGGCUACUUUGUCCCACCCAAAAUCUGUGAAAGUGAUCUUUGUUCUGGGGGACUGUAACGGUGGUCAGACACUGGAGCAGGGCAACGGGUUAGUUAGUUUAUGAAGGAUUUGAAGUCGCUCUGCUCACAUUGAACCUGGAGAGACAAGCAGGGAGCGCUCGACGGGAGAGAGGAAGGAGAUCCGAGGUGUUUCAAACCAUGGAACAAAGUUGAGAGGAUUUCAAGGAAAAAAAUAUCAACUGGUUAAAACAAGACGGCAUGCAUGUGUCAACAUUAUUUCCAGUUUCCCCUGAAGAGGAAUUAAGGACAUCAUUGUGAUUAAAGGGAUGAAUGAGAGCCGUUCUACACUCUUCAGAAGGUGCCACCUUGCCUUGACCAAGACCGACACCGUCGGUUCGGUUUUGGGAAGGGCUGCUCCGUCUGAAGACUCUGCGGAUGGCGUUGCUGCUCAGGCUGAGAGCGAUGCUGCCUUUCCCCUGUCUGAACUCUCAGACCUGUUUGAAAGUGAGGAUGGCUGUCAGUCAGCUCAGAACACAAGUCAGGAGUCUUCAGUCCUGGAGCCGGUCCAACCCGGGCAGCCCACGGACAGCAGACAGAACCUGCGGAUGAAGUUCCAGGGUGCUUUCAAGAAAGGCAUUUCUAACCCAAUGGACCUACUGGAAUCCACCAUAUAUGAGUCCAGUGUGGCUCCAGGUGCAAAGAAAGCACCCAUGGACUCACUCUUUGAUUAUGGUACUUGUAGAAAUACCAGCAACCAGAAGAGACGCAGAAAAAAGCUCCCAAGAGGUAAAACUGAAACAUCUUGUGAUGAUGAGCAAACGCCUGACCCACCAAAAGUAGUGAAAAUAUUCAAUCGCUUUCUACUGUUUGACUGCGUGUCACGUGGAGAACCUGAGGACCUCGAGGGCCUGUUGGAGUACCUGCAAGAUCAAGGGAAGAGGCUGACAGAUGAGGAGUUUAGAGAGCCAUCCACCGGAAAGACGUGUCUGCCUAAAGCCCUGCUGAACCUUUAUGGCGGUCAGAACAACGCAAUCCCGCUGCUUGUAGACAUCGCAGAGAAGACUGGAAACCUCAGAGAGUUCAUAAAUACACCCUUCAGGGAUGUCUACUACAGAGGCCAGACGGCGCUCCACAUUGCCAUCGAGCGACGCUGCAAGCCGUAUGUGAAGCUGCUUGUGGAGCAGGGAGCAGAUGUUCACGCCCAGGCAAGGGGGCGCUUCUUCCAGCCCAAAGAUGAGGGAGGCUACUUCUACUUCGGUGAGCUGCCCCUCUCGCUGGCUGCGUGCACCAACCAGCCGGACAUCGUGAACUACUUGACUGAGAAUACACACAAGAAGGCUGACCUGCGACGGCAGGAUUCACGUGGAAACACGGUUUUGCAUGCACUAGUGCACAUUGCGGACAACACCAAGGACAACACCCGUUUCCUCACAAAGAUGUAUGACUUGCUGCUAAUUAAGUGUGCCAAGCUCUACCCAGACCGCAGCCUUGAGACAGUACUUAACAACGAUGGCAUGUCUCCUCUAAUGAUGGCUGCCAAACUUGGCAAGAUAGGGGUUUUCCAAUACAUUAUCCGACGUGAGAUCAAAGAUGAAGAAGUUCGUCAUCUUUCACGUAAGUUUAAGGACUGGGCUUACGGUCCGGUGUACUCCUCGCUCUAUGACUUGUCUUCAGUGGAUACGUGUGGGGAGGAACCAUCUGUGCUGGAAAUCCUCGUCUACAAUAGCCGCAACGAGAACCGCCAUGAGAUGCUGGCUGUGGAGCCCAUCAAUGAGCUGCUGAGGGCCAAAUGGCAGAAGUUUGCUGCCCUCACUUUUUACAUCAGCGUGGUGUCCUACCUCAUCACCAUGAUUAUCUUCACCUUAGUGGCUUAUUACCAGCCAACAGAGGGAACGCCUCCGUACUCCUACACCACACCUUCUGACUACUGGCGGAUGACGGGAGAGAUUAUAACACUGGCGUCCGGAAUCUUCUUUUUCAUUACGAAUGUUAAGGACCUCUUCCUGAAAAAGUGCCCUGGGAUGAAAUCGUUAUUUAUUGAUGGAUCCUUUCAGCUGCUUUACUUUGUCUACUCUGUGCUGAUUAUCAUCACGGCUGCUCUUUACCUGUCGGGCAUUAAGGCCUAUGUCUCUGUGAUGGUGUUUGCACUCGUGCUGGGCUGGAUGAACACACUCUAUUUCACCAGAGGCCUGAAGCUCACUGGCACCUACAGUAUCAUGAUACAAAAGAUUCUUUUUAAAGAUCUUUUCAGAUUUCUGCUGGUCUAUGUGCUUUUCAUGAUUGGAUAUGCUUCUGCCUUGGUGUCCCUGCUGACAGUGUGUCCUCCACCGGGCAAAGAAUGUGAAGGAGGUUGUCCCACCUACCCCAACUGCAGGGACAACGACACAUUUAGUGCUUUCCUCCUGGACCUCUUCAAGCUGACCAUCGGGAUGGGAGAACUGGACAUGAUCCAGAGCGCACAGUAUCCAGCUGUCUUUCUCAUCCUCUUGGUCACGUAUAUCAUUCUCACCUUUGUGCUGCUGCUCAACAUGUUGAUCGCUUUGAUGGGGGAGACAGUGGGGCAGGUCUCCAAGGAGAGCAAGAAGAUUUGGAAACUUCAGUGGGCAACAACAAUACUGGACAUCGAGCGCUCAUUCCCCGUCUGUCUCCGCAAGUCUUUUCAAGUUGGUGAAAUGGUGACUGUGGGGAAGAAUUCUGAUGGCACGCCGGAUCGACGACGGUGUUUCAGGGUGGAUGAGGUUAACUGGUGCCACUGGAACCAGAACUUGGCAAUAAUCAACGAAGAUCCAGGGAAGAAUGAGACCAUCCAAACAAAUGGGUUACAGCCGAGCAUCAGAGUCUUAAGGAGAGAUCGCUGGUCCACUGUGGUCCCACGGGCAGUGGAGUUCAGUAAGAAUCCUCAGGCUCAUGAUCUAAUGAUAGAGAUGGAGCCGCUGACGUCCAGACACUGACGCCCUGCAGAGGAGGAGUGUCAUUCUCUCAUUGCUCUCCGUUUCAAUUUGAUUAAACUAUGGUGAAUAACUGUACCAAUCUGCACACAUCUCAUUUGGCUUUUGUUCUGAGGGAGUGUAUUGAGUUUUAAAAUACGUUUAGUGUAAUAGGAAAAAGAACUGAACGUGCAAAAACACACUGGAAAAAAAGAAUCCAUCAAAUAAUGACACUAAAUUUCAAUUAGAUGCUGUAGGUGAGUGUUGAUUUGAUUUUUGAAUUGUUACAAAAUAAUACAAAACCUGUUAACUCUGCGUGUCAGAGAUCAGUUUGUCAUCACUCAGGGAUUUGAAACAAAUCAAACCUUUUCACUGUUUCCAGUGUUCUUGUUUUCUUAAGAAAAGAAAAUUGAGGCCUUUCUUGUCGCCAGGAGUAAUUAUCAUGUCCAUGCAUUUGCACUGCGUACAAAGGCUUUGAUAUACGUCUGCAGGUAUAAUCACAAUGGAAUGUUUUAUUUCCAAGAAGAUAUUCUAAGAGAUAUUUAUGGACUUUUUAGAAUAAAAAAGCUUUGCUUGCCUUACAUUUUAUGAGAUGAGUUUGGCAUAAAAAUUAUCCUGAUUUGAUCGUUUGUUUGUCAGAUGGAAGGUUUAGGAGUGUGGAAGCAGGAUAUUUCUAUAAUAUAUUGUAUAUUUUGAUUUUUCUUUUUCUAUUUUGUACUAACUGAAUAUACUACUUGAAUGUCUCAACAUUUGACUGCCACCUCAGGCCAUACAGUCUUCAUUUGAACUGAAACAAUGCACUCUGCCAUGUUCUGAUGUGUGCAUUAUUGUAUGACUACAAAGAUGUUAUUAUGAACAAGGCGGGCAUGAUGAGCAGGUUAUAGUUGUCAAGCAUGUAUGCAAAUGCCAGAUAAUAGCCUUCCGUGUUAUGGUUUGUCUGAAUUUGCAAACUUAUUGUUCCUUUGCAGCUGGGGUAUUUGCAUAAUCACUCCUUGCCAUUAUGCACUUUUUCCUUAUUUGCUGGAGUAUUUUCAUCACAAUUGGCUCUCUGCUCUACAUAGCAAUCUUUCUUUUUAAUGCAAACCAAUUAGAUAUGGGCACAUGUGUAUGUUUUUGCAUAAAUGACGUACACAUGUUUCAUACAUUUUCCUACUAAGUUUACAUUGUCAUCGUUCUCUGGCUUUACGUUACUGAAGUCUAUGCAUUUUAUGUUGUUUGUACGUUGCUGAACAGAACAGUAAACUCUAUAUUU